AUGUCUCAAGAAUAUUCGAGCAACAUCGACGACCAGUUACUAAAUGUUGCAAAACAAACAACGCUGAAUUUGGACCUAGGUGAACACCAACCACCCAUGGGGUCAAGCCUGCUUGAGACCCCUAUUGCUCCGCGCCCGUCCUCAGCACCCUCCAGUGCCCACCCCCAACAAUUCCAUCAACAUCACUUGGGAGGCCAUCAAGAAUUCCAUUACGAUGAAUCUGAAUACGGGUUGCACUUACCCGAGCCCAUCAUCAAUCAGAAACAGAAGAUCUUCCCGGUGCUGGAAACAACAAUAACUGAAGAUGGCAACCUUAUCACGCGGCCAUACCCCGAACAACUGUUCACAAAUAGAGCUCAGCUCAACGAAUUCAUCCAAGAGUUCGCCAGAGAUAACGGGUUCGGUGUUGUCAUCGCCCAUUCCAAUAAAAAGGCAAUCUACUACACUUGUGAGUUGGGUGGGCGUUACCGUCACAAAAAGCAGAAGAAAGACGAAAAUGUUCCCGAGGGAAACUUCCUUCUUGAUGACGACAGCUCGAAGACAAAGAAGUUAAGGUGCCCCUUUGCCAUGACGGCCUCUUACAAAAAGCUGACAGGGGUGUGGACGGUGCGAACAACGUGUAACGAACACAAUCAUCCCCAACUCGAUCCAUUAUCCAACCACCCCAUGCUUCGUAAGCGCCUGGAGCAACUUAACGGCAUGAUUUUGGAUUUGUACAAGGUGGGAACGAAACCACUGGCGAUAGAAACAAGGAUCAAAGAGCAGUUCCCCGACGUGCUCAUCAAACGGGAAGAUAUUUAUAAUGAGAUCAGGGGUUAUAAGCGCAAGCUUAAAAAGCAUAGCCAGCGGUUUAUCGAUGGAUCACGCAAGAAGACGACGGCCACGCUGAGUGAGGAAGAGGCCGCGGCUGCUGUGGCUGCUGCUGCCAAUGCAUUUCUCGAGGGUGAUUCACAUCACUGGAACAUGCUGUCACAUCACCAGCAACAACAGCAAGACGAAUUUCAGCGACAACUUCAGGAAGCCGGGGUGCUGGGCGCCCAUCCCCAUAUUGACGACAACGACGCUCGCUUUUACAGUGACUAUAAUGAUGGCAGUGGGUCUAUUGGCUCCGAAAACCCUGAGUUGUCAAUGGAUAACAUUGACUCGAGGUUAGUGAACGAAGAGGUGUGA